GGAUUGUGCGAUUUGAAUCUGAUAAUGUCGAAUGCUUAGGUACCACUAGAGUUCCCAUUCCACUUCUACGAUGUAUUGGGAAUAUGAUUAACGAACAGUGCUGUCCAGAACGACAUAAUGGCUUUCAACAGUCUGACCACAAACUCAGUAGUACUGAAGGAUGCCAACCUUUAUUUCUUUGCUUUGAAAGUUCUACAUUAAAGUCAAUUUAAUAGUAAUCGGAACAGUUUUAGUUUCAGGUAAAGGACUUAGAUAUGUCUAGGACUAAUCGUUCAUCAUAAAGGAGCAUCAACUCAGCCAAAAUCCCAUCAUUAAUUUUUUUAAACUAUAUAUAUGUAUAUACGAAAAAAGCCUAAUAGUAAGGAGAGUCUUGAAGUUCACAAGAAUAAGAAA